AUGGACGACCACAACGCCUCAGUAAGACGCAUCUCCGAGGUUGUCAAAGAGUUUCAUUCCCGCCGGGAGCCGUUCCGCAUCUUCCAUGGGUCCACCAGCAGCACGCGGCCCGCCCACGGCCAGCGCGUCAUCGACAUCAGCGAGUUGCGCCAUGUCCUGCACAUUGACGCCGACGCCGCAGUCGCCAUUGUCGAGCCAAAUGUGCCCAUGGACCAGCUUGUCGCCGCGACUUACCGCUGCGGGAUGAUCCCACCCGUGGUGAUGGAGUUUCCAGGCAUCACUGUUGGCGGCGGGUUUGCUGGCUCGGCCGGAGAAAGCAGCUCAUUUCGUUACGGUUACUUUGAUGAGACGGUACAGUCGGUUGAGAUAAUUCUGGCCAAUGGCGAGGUAGUUAAUGCGUCAAAAACUGAGAAUGCCGACCUCUUUAAGGGUGCUGCUGGAGGCUUAGGGACGCUCGGCAUCGUUACGAAACUGGAGCUGCGACUGCUAAAGGCAAAAUCAUAUGUGAAAGUCACCUACCAUCCUUACUCAACCAUACCGGAUGCAAUAGCUGCAAUCCAGCGAGAGACAAAUCUGGCUCACAACGAUUAUGUUGAAGGCCUUGUCUUUUCACGCACGAGUGCCGCCGUCGUCACCGGGCAGUUGACCGACGACUUGCCUAACAAAUACCGGCCACAAACCUUCAGUAAAUCCAAAGAUCCUUGGUUUUAUCUCCAUGCCCGGAAACGAAUUGCAAAUGCUGUGCCGACCCCAGACUUUGUGCCAUUGCAAGACUAUCUCUUUCGAUAUGACCGUGGUGCCUUCUGGAUGGGUGAACUAGCCUUCAAAUACUUCGGUCUCGUUCCCUUCAACCGGCUCACCCGGCGGAUCGUGAACCGUUUAAUGGACACACGGACACUAUACAAAGCCGGUCUCGGUGGAGGCAGUAGAAUGACGUUCAGAUACCUGGUUCACGACUUAUCAUUGCCGUACACAACUGUACAGAACUUCAUCGACUACGUGGCUGACAAUCUGGAGAUUUGGCCGCUGUGGCUCUGUCCUUUACGAGCCAUUGAAGCCCCCAGUUUUCACCCUUGUACAACCGAACCAGGCGGGGAAACACCACAACCUAUGCUCAACGUAGGGGUUUGGGGUCUCUCGUCCAAGAAGAUCGAUCGGUUCAUGCGCCAGAAUCGGGAUCUGGAAGCAAAGUUAAUGGAACUCGGUGGGCGGAAAGUGCUCUAUUCGCACGCAUAUUAUACAGAGAAGGAAUUCUGGGAUAUGUACGACAAGGAUUGGUAUACUCAACUUCGAGGGCGGUACAGUGCAACAAGCUUACCGGAUGUGUACGAUAAAGUCAAGGUUGAUGUGAGCAAAGAAAGAGAGAGGAGGUCAAUACGCGACAAAAUGGCUGUGACAUGGCCCUUUGCUGGUCUCAUUGGUGUUUGGUCGGCGAUUCGGAAGUGA